AUGUCAGACCAGGAGCAUUUAAUUGACCAAUUCGUCAGCGUAACGAAUGCGUCGAAGUAUUUGGCUGAACAAUAUUUACAGAGAAACAAGGGGGAUUUGAUGAACGCAAUUGAGGAUUAUUAUGCUAAUAAACCGCUGCCAACAGCUCCAACAGCAUCGAGUCUGAAACCUACGGCUAAAAAGUAA